AUGUCAUCAUAUUGGUGGGUGAAAAACCAUGCUGAAGGUUCACUACUUCGCGUUGCAGUUUUUGAAGGCACAUCAUCAACCGAUGGGAACGUGUCAUCAAUUGUUGAACAAGUCGAAUUGCAAGCAAAACGCGCCAGUCAAGAGUAUUCGACACAUUUACUGGUAUUUCCUGAAUUAUUUCUUUCGGGUUACAUAUUAAAUCGGGAUAUAAUGUUAUCUGCUGCACGGUAUAUCGUCGAAAAGGAUGUCAUCGGUCACCUUCAGCAAGUAGCUCGUCAAUAUUCCAUUGCGCUUCAAAUCGGAUAUCCUGAAUUAGAUAAUGAUGAGAAAAUAUAUAAUACUGCAGUAUUGAUCAAUGAAGAUGGCAAGAUCCUACUUAAUUAUCGAAAAACACAUCUAUGGUCGGACAAAGAACGUGAAGUCUUCGAAGAAGGAAACGAGCUUUCUCCUGUUGUUGAAUUUCAUGGCGUGCGAGUUGCCAUAAUGAUAUGUUAUGAUUCUGAAAUGUGUGAAGUUGCACGUUCUCUGUGUCUUCUCGGUGCUCAACUUUUAAUCAUAUCUACAGCUUUGUCUUCGUCGCCAAGAAAUAAAAAUAUCGCACGUCACAUGAUACCAACACGUGCUCUAGAAAAUCACGUUUGGAUUGCUUAUGCUAAUUUAGCGUUACCGGAUUUCUAUGGUCUGUCGCGUAUUAUUGGACCUGAUGGUGACGAAUUAUGUCGAGUAGAAAAUGAUCCACUGAUUGUGGCUGAUUUAAUUCCGAAAAAUUAUUUAAGUAGCAUCGCAUCAACGCCCUAUUUAGCCGAUCGUCGUCCAUUACUCUACACAGCAAUUCAUGAUAUAAAUUAUCAUGUUCAAUUACCUGCGAAUUAUCAAUACACCGAUGAUUAA